AUGGCCUGUAGGUCGUUGAGGGGUCAGGGGGUUCUCCGGGGCCUCGGGCGACGAUCGGGACCGUCUAACGGUCUUUCCGAUUGCUUAGAGCCUCUGGAUGUAAACAGACGGUCCUGGGGCCGGUCCGAACAAAAUCCGAUGGCCUGGCGGGUUGUAGAGUCAAUCGGACGGUCUGAGGGCCGUACCGAGCUGGAUCCAAGGAUCUGGGGACCGUUCCGAACGGUUUCCGAGGAUCCGUCGGGAUCUAAAGGUCUAGGGGGGUGUAGUUCGUCGAAGGACGGUCUUAGGGCCGUUCCGAGUGGGAUCCGAGGAUCUGGGGGCCGCUCCGAGGCUAGCAAUCGGUUUCCGAGGGUCCGUAGCGGCCUAAGGGGCCGUUUGCAGCGAUCCGGUGUAAAGCCCGACGAUCCGAAGAUGAACGGCGACCAAGGGGUUUCCUGGGGGUCUAGAGACUUCCUGGGGUUUCCUGUGGGUACAGGGAAAGAGGGAGAGUUGCAGGGGAAUUGCAAGAUGAGGAAUGUACAAGGUUCGGAUCUCGGACGAACUCCAAGUUCAAAGUUUGUGACAUGUACGUAA